AAUGAGAAAUAGCAGAAAGGGGAGAAUUGUCAAUUGAAAAAGAAAAAGAGAUAGAAAUUUCUUCACUCGUCGGUAGCCAUUAAGAGCCACAGAUCCGAUCUUAUUUUUCUCUUCCCUCUCUAUUCAACACUCUAAAUCUCUUCACUAAGUGAAAGGAUUGUGAAGUUGAGUUUCUAUGGAGGGUGUUGGAGGUGAUGGUGCCUCAGCGGCUACAGCAUUGAACCAGCGGAGGCAUGAACUUUCGAAACUUUUCCAAUACUAUUUAGAUAAAACUACUCCUCAUUCUACAUAUAGGUGGAUUGGAACUUUUGUCUUAGCAUUGCUUUAUGCUCUGCGGGUUUAUUAUGUUCAAGGAUUCUAUGUUGUUACCUAUGGCUUGGGCAUCUACAUUCUUAAUUUGCUGAUUGGUUUCCUGUCACCUCUUGUUGACCCUGAGCUGGAACCUUCGGAUGGACCUAUGUUGCCAACUAAAGGUUCAGAUGAAUUCAAGCCUUUCAUACGUCGCCUCCCAGAGUUCAAGUUCUGGUAUGCCAUAACAAAGGCUUUCUGUGUGGCAUUUGUCAUGACUUUCUUCUCCCUAUUUGAUGUUCCUGUGUUCUGGCCUAUAUUGUUGUGCUACUGGAUUGUUCUGUUCGUCCUUACCAUGAGGCGACAAAUUACACACAUGAUUAAAUACAGAUACAUUCCUUUCAACCUUGGAAAGCAGAAAUAUUCCGGGAAAAGGCCAUCAGCAAGUGGCAGCAGCUCAAGAGCCGACUGAGCUUUUGGCAGAUUUGACCAAACGGAGAAAGUGUAGUAGGAAAAAACAGAAAACAAGAUGGAUUGCUGCAUAUUUUAGUUAAAAUGUGAUUUGUACUUGCAUUAAUCUCUGACACGAAAAACGGGGAAACAAAUGUAGUAGUUUGUUAGCGUUCUUUAAUUGUUUUCUUUUCCAGUUUUCUGAUCAUCUCUGGUAGUCAUAUAAAUCUAAUUUUGGGACGUAUAGAGCCAGAGUUAUUGCAUUGUUUGUGAAAGAAGCUUCGUAUAUGGAGGUUGGAGCAGGGUCUUUUGUAGUUACUGGCAGUGAA